AUGGGUAGAGGAGGUAAAAAGAAAGGAAAAAAAGAGUCUGAGAAUGUAGGAGAAGGCUUAGGAUUGCUGUCCCUGGAGGAUCAACCUUCCACAUCAUCAGCUAUUGCUACUCAGGAAAUUAAGAAAGCAGACCCACCACUUCAGAAAGAAGCAGAAGCUGAUGAAGGUGGUAUUUCACUGCUGGGUGAUGGAGGUGCUAAGAGAACUAGAAAGAAGAAAAAGAAUGCACCUCCUCCACAAGAAGCACCUUUAAACCCAACUCAAGCAGCUCCAGGGCCUAGUCAAUCAAGUCCUGCCCUUCAGGCUGCUGUACCUUCGGCUGGACGUGGAUGUGGCCGUGGAGUUACACCACCACAGGCUGGUUGGGGUAGAGGUGCCGCACCACAACCAGUCUGGGGGCAGAGUAAUCCCCAAGCUGGGGCUACACAGCAGGCCACAGAAAGAGCUCCAGGACCCUGGCAAGCACCUCAACCAAUGGCCCCAGUGCCACCCAGCCAAAGUGCUCCUCAGAUUUCCCAAGCACCAAAAGAACUGAGACCAUCAACCUCUCAAGUACCAAUUGAACAACCACGUCCAGCUAGUUCAAAACCAACAUCAGUGGUGUGCCGGUUCCAAUUACCGAAAAAAAUACGGGCUAGGGUUCCUGUUCCUGCUGAUGCUACGAGAGUUCUGACUAAUUAUCUACCCAUGACUAUAAAGCCACUAAUAAUUCAUCGCUACGACGUCGCUAUCAAUCCUGACAAACCAAAAAAAUUUAUGGCGAGAGUAUUCCAAGCAAUGAAAAUGAAGCAUUUUCCAAAACAUAUAGUUGCAUUUGACCAAAUGAAGAAUUGCUACGCACUAAAACCUCUCUUAACUACAGAUGAACGGUUUAUGACUGAGGUUGAAAUCAAGGAUGACAAUGGCAAAGCAUGCAAAUAUGAAGUUGGAUUGAAAUUGACUGGAAAGGUGGACUUGGGCACGAUUUUGAGUUAUAUGCGUGAUGGGACAUCGUUAGCCCCACCAACGGAGGCAAUUCAUUGUAUUGAUGUUGUUUUGCGUCACGGAGCCCUCGAAAAGUAUGUAAAGGCCAGCCGUCAAUACUUCAUGCGCCCCAGGAACCCUAUCGACCUUGGAGAUGGUCUUGAAAUGUGGACUGGUCUGUUCCAGUCGGCCAUUUUUACUUCCAGGCCGUUUAUCAAUAUAGAUGUUGCCCAUAAAGGUUUUCCGAAGUCACAGCCUUUAGUGGACACAUACUUAAAUGACUUCCGUUUGGAUGCCACCUGUCCUAUUGAAAAGCAGCGCAGAAUGGAAUGCGAACUGUUUGUGAAAUUUCUCCGUGGUUUAAGGGUGGUGGCAACAAUUGGUGACGCUAAAACCGGAUUCAGAAAGCGUGAAUUUAUUUGUAAUGACGUCAAACCGCCCCCGAACGUCCUCAAAUUCACAAUGCAAGACGAUUCGGGGCGUAGCCGGACUAUUACCGUGGAGCAAUACUUCACUGAAAAGGGAUAUCGGCUUCGCUAUCCAAACAUUAAUUGUAUUUGGGUUGGACCGAGAGAUAAAGAGAUAUACUACCCAAUGGAGUUAUUACAAAUUUCAUUUGGACAGGCCCUUAAUAGACAGUUGAAUGACAGGCAACUGGCGAAAAUGGUCCGUGAAGCGGCAACACCACCCAGUGACAGAAAGCGAAAGAUCGAAGAGGUUAUUAGAGACAUGAAAUAUUCGAGUAACGAAUAUUUCAAGGAGUUUGGAUUGGAGAUCUCAAAUAAUUUCUACGAAGUUGAAGCGAAAGUUUUGCAUGCGCCAGUUUUGAAUGUCGGCGAGGGUACCGUAAAACCAAGGGGCGGAGUUUGGAUGGCAAAAAAACUGCUGAAGGCCAGUGCUCUUCAGUCUUGGGGCUUCUUGGUAGUCGACACUGAUCCUAAUAGACUGCAAUGCCAUGACAUCAUUAAGAAGAUUCAAGGCGUAGGUCGCCAAAUGGGUAUGUCGGUACAAGAUCCAGCCUUGACCAACUUCAAUGUGAGGGCACAUGAGUUGCUCACGAUCUUCCGUCGAGCGGCUGACAGUCGCAUCAACUUCCUAUUUGUCAUCGUCAGUUCACGUUCUAGGGAUAUCUACCAAAAGGUGAAAAAAAUGGCGGAAUUGGAAGUGGGUAUUUUGACACAGUGCAUUAAGGAUCAGACAGCUGAGAGGCGUAUGAAUGAGCAGACCAUACGAAAUAUAUUGCUAAAGGUUAAUUCAAAACUGAUGGGUGUGAAUCAAACCAUUGGCACUUCGUCCGAGCCGGCUUGCCUUAGAAGCGGUGGUGUCAUGGUCGUCGGAGCUGAUGUGACCCAUCCAUCGCCUGAUCAGACGGACAUACCAAGUAUUGCAGCAGUGACCGCAUCGUUUGAUACUAAAUGCUUCCAGUACAAUAUCGAAUUGAGUAUUCAAACUCCAAAGAAAGAAGUGAUCGUCGAGUUUGAAAAUAUGAUGGUGGAACACUUGAAAGUCUACAAAAAGCAUCAAAACACGAUCCCGAAGAAAAUAUUCAUCUUCCGUGACGGGGUUUCUGAAGGACAAUUCGCUCAGGUUAUGAAUAGCGAGCUGGUAGCUGUUUACAGGGCGUAUGAACGUCUUGCUGGGUGCAAUGUGAAGCCUGAGGUUUUGUUCCUUUUAGUACAAAAGCGACAUCACACUAGAUUCUUUUUGGGCGCGAACAACGCACAGAACGUGCUGCCGGGAACAGUCGUUGAUAAGGACAUUGUGCACCACAGCGAAAUGGACUUUUACAUGGUGUCCCAUCAAGCAAUAAAAGGCACGGCCCGUCCAACACGUUAUUAUGCGGUGCGCAACGAUGGCAACAUUCCCAUAGAGGAAGUAGAGCAGUUGACCUAUUAUCUGUGUCAUUUAUACUCGCGCUGUACUCGCUCUGUGUCAUAUCCCACGCCCACGUACUACGCUCAUCUUGCUUGUACUCGUGCCAAACAUCUCACAGCCGGAGACAGAUUCAACAACAGAGACUUGGAGCUGAGACCACAACGGCUUCAAGUUUUGAACAGGAUGCUCGAUUUUAGCCGCAUGUUCUUUGUUUAA